AUGGGGAUUCACAUCAGCAAGGAGGCGAGGACGAGCUUCAGGAGGGAGGGUUUUGUGCAGCUGGGGGAGGUCUUGAGCAAGGAGGAGGUGGAGGCCUGCAGGAGCCGCAUGGAUCGUCUCUUCGCCGGCGACUUCGACACCGGCAUCUACCCAGACGAGUGGCACUGGAGGAAGGGCAUCAGCCUGCCCGGCGCCGUCCGUGAGAUCUGCAACGGGUGGAAGAGCGACAAGACCAUCGCGAGCAUCGUGCUGGGAGAGAGGUUCGGCCGAGCCGCGUGCGAGCUCAUGGGCUGGCCAUCAGCACGCAUAGCGCAAGACUCCAUCAUCUGGAAGCCUGCGGGGGCAGGAAGCGUCUCGUGGCAUCAGGACUCGCCCUACAUCAGCAAGCAGUUCAUCCCGGAGGAGAACAACAGCAUCACGUUCUGGUGCGCGCUGGACGACGCGGACGAGGAGACUGGCGUCAUCGAGUACGCGUCUGGUUCCCAUGAGUGGGAGGCCGACAGAGAGUUGGCGCCUGAGUUUCAUGCCGCGCGAGACUACCAGCAGGGUCUGCGACGAGCAGCAGCAUCCGCAGGGAAGGAAAUGUCGCAGGUGAACAUCGCCCGCCUCCUGGUGCCCGCAGGGUCCGCAGUCGCCCACCACCAGAACACUUGGCAUGGCAGCGGCGAGAACAAGUCGAAGAUGCGAGACAGAAGAGCGUUAGCGGUGCAUGUUCUGAGAGGAGACGUGAAGUUCGUCGAGAAGCCUGGGUACAUCUACGGAAGGUACAAGCUGGGGGAGGACGACAGCCUGCACGAUUCUUUCUUUCCUUACUUGUACAGAUCGCAAGGGAAAGACGGUCAGGUGUAG